UAUUCAACCAGUUUCAUAUCAGGUUUGACCUCGCGAACGUUUAUUGCGUUAUUUGUGUUCUGAUACAAACCUGAAUUAAAAUUCAAAAAAAUGCACCAGUUAAAUAGCAACAAUGUGGGCCUGAAACUAGAAUUUUAAGUUAAAAAGUGUGAUAAAGUACAAUGUCUUUAUCAACAAUCCCUGACCAACCAUCCAAUCUAGAAAAUAAAAGUGAUCUUGUUGAAGCUUCUGGAUCAGAUGAAAACCCUUAUGAUCUACAGAUUAAUGGAGUGCAAAUAGAUAAUUCUAGGGAUGUUUAUUUUGGUGAUAAAAACGAGUUUCACGGUCCUCUUAAUAUAGAAGACUUAAAGCAGCGUGAUAGUGGUGAAAGUGAUACGAAAACUAAUAGUAAUUGUGAUAAAAAUGAAGAAGUUAUUUCCAAUAAUAUAGCACCAAACAAAGGUUAUAUUUGGCUACAAAAUGUCCCAAAGUACAAUUCGUCCCUCCUAGGAAUUUCUUUGGGAAUGAUUAUUUUAUUUAUAAUAUUACUUGUCACAUUACUUUGCCUCAAACAAGGCACUCGAAAUGAAUCCAAAUUCCGAAUUGUUACAAAGAAAGAAUGGCAAGGAAACCCACCCACAAAUAAAACUACCCCUCUAGUAACUCCAGUACCAUACGUGAUUAUUCAUCAUACUGCCACUGAGAACUGCAGUACUUUGGCGGAAUGUGCUUCGCAUUUGAGAGCAAUUCAAGCAUUUCACGUUAAUAGCAGAGCUUGGUACGAUAUAGGGUACAAUUUUAUGGUUGGGGGUGACGGUUUAGUUUAUGAAGGACGAGGAUGGACCGAAGAGGGAGCGCACACAUUAGGAGUUAACUUUAAAAGCAUAGGAAUAGCCUUCAUUGGAACAUUCAUCCAGAUCGCCCCACCUGUCCAGCAAUUACAAGCCUGUAAAGAUCUCAUAAAAUUGGGAAUAGAAUUAAAUUAUAUUAAGAAAGACUAUCAUUUAUUUGGGGCAAAGCAGUUCUACGGAACUGAAAGUCCCGGUACUGCCCUUAUGACUGAAAUUAAAACAUGGGAUAGGUGGGCUAAAAUUCCUAAUGUUACAUAUACAUAAAAAGUCAAUAUUGAAAAUGAUUCCGUAAAAAAUUAAGCCAAUAAUAAUAGGUGCUAUAUUAGAGGACCUGUCUAACUUACAAUGGGAUUGAGCAAUCUGCGUAUGCUUUAAUAGUUGAUUGGCCAGAGCUUUAACAAUCCUUGCAUUGGAAUAAUAGCAAACGGGUAUGACGCAUACGCAUUAGUGAUUUUCCCACUAUGAGAUAGACUUAUGCCAUAUUUACAUUAUAAUCGAUAUUGCUUCCUUUAUUUUUGGCUUAAAAAUUUGCUCACACUACAUAGGUAUCAGGUUUGAGCUUACAGUUAUAUGUAAUGUUAAAUAUAUGGUUGUGAUAUUUAGUAAGUAAGUGCCAUAUUUACAUGUUAAAUUAAAUUAAUAAAGUUAUUAAAGCAA